AUGAGUGAACCAGAGGGAGAAGAGGAGGAAGACAGAGAUGAGAGCGCGACUGAGAGAAUAGAGAGUGGGAGGGGGUCACCGCCGCAACGCCGCUGCAGCCGCCGCCAUUGCCGUCGUGGAGGAGGGAGUUCGGAGGAGAGAGAGAGAAAGAUGAUUCACAGACGAGAUGGAGAGAGAGGACGAAGACGCGACGCGAGAGAGAAGGAGGCUGUUCCGCCGUGCACUGUCGUCGCUCCUGGGAUUGACGAAGAGCUUCUUCAGGAAGUGGUUAAUAUGGGAUUUGACAGAAAUCAAUUGGUUGAAUCUUUAUGCAACAGGAUCCAAAAUGAGUCACUAAGAAAAAUGAACCACCCAAAUAUUGUGAAGCUAAAGGAAGUUAUUCGAGAAAGUGACAUUCUGUACUUUAUUUUUGAGUACAUGGAAUGCAACCUGUACCAACUUAUGAAAGACAGGGAGAAGAUCUUUUCUGAGGAUGAAGUUAUGAAUUGGUGUUUUCAAGUUUUCCAGGGUCUUGCUUAUAUGCACCAGCGGGGAUACUUCCACCGUGAUCUGAAGCCUAAGAACUUGCUGGUUACCAAGGAUAUCAUAAAAAUUGCUGAUUUUGGCCUAGCACGUGAGAUCAGUUCACAACCACCCUACACUGAGUAUGUCUCUACACGGUGGUAUCGUGCUCCUGAAGUGCUACUUCAAUCUUAUCUGUAUAGCUCCAAAGUUGACAUGUGGGCAAUGGGUGCUAUAAUGGCUGAACUGUUCUCUCUUCGUCCUCUUUUCCCUGGUGCCAGGUAGUCUCUCUCGCUCUCUCUCCCCCUGGUGCUAUAAACUAUUAUGAUUUUACAGCAUAGAGACCAUGACUAAU